AUGCCAAGAAUAUACAAGAGAAGAACAAACUGGGGAUCAAUACCCUUAGAAGAGAUGAAGAGAGCAGCCACUGAUGUUGAGGGAGGAAAAUCCAUCAGAGCGGUAGCAAAGGAUAGAAAUAUUGACAGGUCAACACUGCGGAGGUUUAUGAAAAAGAAGGAGGUGAAGGAAGUCAAGACAGUAGGGUACAGUGGAACAGCAGAAGAGGAAGUUGAGAAGGAGCUUGCUGACCAUGUGAAAAAGUUGGCUGACCAGUUUCAUGGCCUCAUUCCAAAGAAAUGCUGUGAGCUGGCAUUCGAGUUGGCACAGAUAAACAACAUUCCUGUCCCCAACCACUGGAAAGAGAAGGGUCUAGCAGGUCGAGAUUGGUUCAAAAACUUCAUGGCACGCCACCAUCUCUCCUGCCGUAUGCCUGAGGCCUCAUCUUUGGGAAGAGCUACAGCAUUUAACAAAACAACAGUCGGGGAGUUCUUUGACAAUCUGACCAAUGUGAUGGACAGGUGA